AUGGCAACUAAAGUGGUUUUGUGUGUGCCGACAUUUUUAUGCUUCACCCGUUUUUAUUCGACUGCUUCCAAAGCUCUAACCGUCGGAUCAACUGCUUCGGUAGAGAAGACAAUUUCGCAGAAGGAUGUGACGCUUUUUAGUGAGCUAUCUGGUGAUUGGAAUCCAGUUCAUCAUCGCAAAGACAACCCGGUAGUUCAUGGUGCUUUGUUGAACGGAUUUGUGUCGGGGGUGAUUGGCUCUAAACUGCCUGGUCCCGGGACUUUGCUAGUCACCGAGACACUGAGGUUUCCAAACCCUUGUUACAUUGGUGACACUGUGAUUGUGUCGGUAGAGUUGACUGAGAUUAGACGACUCAUCAGUUGUAAAUUUAAUGUUACAUCCAAGAAGUACAACAACGUGGUAAUGGAAGGGGAGGCUAAAUUGUUAGUGAAAGACAUAUGA